AUGAAAAAUGUUGAUUUAAUUGUUUUACGCGCAAUCACAACUCAACAAAAACGUUUGAGUUUAAGUAAUAAAAAACUUUAUCAUUUACCAUCCAACAUUGAAUUUCUUAACUGGCUUGUAAUAUUAGAUCUACGUUCAAAUAAUUUAUCCAAUCUGCCAAUUCUACCAAAAAAUCUACAAUCACUUAAUUUAGGUCAUAACUGGUUUACAACAAUACCUAAUUCUGUAUUUGUAUUGACAUCACUCAAAUCAAUCAGUAUGUAUAGCAAUCAACUUCAAUCUAUUCCAAGUACACUUUUCGAGUCAAUGUGUUCAAUGCUUAACAAAUUAGAAUAUUUAAAUUUAGGUUAUAAUCAUAUUUUGACAUUGCCAUUUAAUUUUGGUCUACUACAAAAUAUGAAAACACUUAUUUUACAUAAGAACUUUUUAACACGAUUACCUGAGACAUUCGGGCAACUGAAAUCCCUAACAAUUUUAGACUUAGCUGGUAAUAACUUACAACUUUUACCAUCCAACUUUACGCAGUUGAAAUUAAAAGAAUUCUACGCUGAAGCUAAUCCAUUCACACGAAACGAUUUAUUUACUUCAACUAUUGGUGUUAGUAAUCCUUGGUUAGAAGGUAUUAUAGGAUCAAAACAAUGGCAAACAGCUGGAUUUUGUGCUCUAUGUAAAAAUCCAUUUGUAACUUGGUGGUUAGAAAGUGUCCGAUUUGCCAAUCGUAAAGAAUUAGUAGGUUUUGAUGUAAUCAGUUCAUUUAUAUCUAUUAUCUAA